UCCAUUGAGUGUAAGCUGCAGCAAAUAUAUAUACAUAUACAAAAAAUGGCAAAAUUAUCUUACACAAUAUUUGUUGCUCUUCUUUUCUGCUUCCUCAUUACCUAUACAGGUGUUGCAGCAAGAGUUUCAGCGCCAGCACCAAUAGAGAGUGAAGGGGGCGAAGAAAGUCUAUGCGAAAGGCUGAGUGGAACGUGGUCUGGUCAGUGCAUCGUUACCGGCAACUGUGACAACCAAUGUAGAAAUUUUGAGGGCGCCGUAUUCGGGGCAUGUCACUGGAAUGGCUUUGCUGGAUAUUCUUGCUUCUGCUAUUUCAACUGUUAA